CGCAGGAAGGUUAAUGAUAGCAAGGUGACUUGAGUCAAGAACUGAUACCCGCUUCCUGGCAUACUUUUAACCUUCUCAUAACAAUACAAGAUGUAAAGGCAACAAAAAAAUCUUGGUUAUACCAUGUCGCCGUAUGCCAGGAAUCCCGUUGAUUGAGACAAUAUUCUUUGUGAUGAGGAUAAUAUCAAAAACAUAUGUUUGUAAUCAUUCAGUAUAAUGGAGAAUGGCGUCCCGAUAUAUCACUACGUCUUGUUACUACUCACGGUUCAUUACAAACUGACUGAGACCUUCAGAUUUUUUUUUCUUUCCCGUAAAUGAAAAAAAAAUCAUGCAAAACAUAUGGACAGUGAGAAAAACUCAUCAUCCGACUAAUUAUCACAGGGAAAGUUAUCGAAACGUGCUCAAUAUCACGUGCACGAGUUAUUCAACCAUGGUGGACAGGACUAUUAUUAUUACCUUUUUCGUCAUCUGUAUCCCAACUGUCCAUGCGGCUGACCCUAUUUAUGCAUGCGAUAGUCUCAUUUUCUGCCAGGGGAAACUAUUGGAUACGAUUCAAAACUUGAGACUGUUUCCAGAUUCCAAAACAUUUGUGGAUAUGAGCUUACGAGAAUCCCCAGGUACAAUAUUGUCAGCAUUUGAUGCACUAUCGGAACCAAUCACUAAAGAAAAAGCGCAGAAGUUUGUAACAGAUCAUUUUUCCGGUCCAGGCGAGGAAUUCCAACCAUGGGAACCGUCAGACUUACCAAGACUACCCUCUUUCUUAAGUAAGAUCAAGGACCCCUUGCUGAGGGACUUUGGCUGGGAUCUCUGUCGAAUUUGGAAAGAUCUUGGACGUAAGAUAAAACCCGAUGUUGAACUAAACCAAGAUAACUACUCCUUGAUAUAUCUGCCAAACCCCUUUAUCGUCCCAGGAGGAAGGUUCAGGGAAACCUAUUACUGGGAUACUUACUGGGUAAUAAAGGGCCUUCUAUUGUGUGAAAUGACAGACACUGUCAAAGGCAUGCUAGAAAACUUUCUACUGAUGAUUAAAAAAUUUGGUCUUAUCCCUAAUGGAGCUAGGAUUUACUAUACAAGGCGGUCACAACCUCCUCUGUUUAUUUCUAUGAUGUACGACUACUACAAAGCCACAGAAAAUUUGACCUUCAUACAGAACAAUUUACAAUCUAUGGAGACCGAGUACAAUUUCUGGAUGACAAACAGGUCCUUCACUAUUCAGAGUGGUACCGUUAAUUAUACACUGAACAGAUACGCAUCACCCGUCAAUUCCCCAAGACCGGAGUCUUACGCAGAAGAUGUUGAGACUGCUUCACGUGUCAAAGAUCCAGUCUCCAAAGCCAAAUUGUACCAAAAUCUCGUUUCCGCUGCCGAAUCUGGCUGGGACUUCUCCUCUCGUUGGUUCUCGCGAGAAUCCGGAGUCAAUUUGACCCUUGACACAAUUCGGACAACUGAUAUUUUACCCGUGGACUUGAAUAGCAUCCUGUGUAUGAGUGAAAACAUUUUGUCCCAGUUCUUCAAUCUUACAGGCAAUAAAGAAAAGUCAAAUGAAUAUAAACUUAAAAUGUUGCAAAGACAGAAAGCUAUUGGGGCAUUAUUAUGGAAUCCAGACAAGGGGAUAUGGCAGGACUUUGACAUUACUAAGAAAUCUCAUCGUGAUUAUUUCUACGCCUCGAAUGUGUUUCCUCUGUUUGCAAAUUGUGCUGAUGGAGACCGUAAGCAAACAGAGGACUCAGUUCUCAGUUAUUUACAGAAAUUGAAAAUAUUAAAUUCUAAAGGAGGAUUUCCAACUUCUCUCGAUACAACUGGUCAACAAUGGGAUCUCCCCAAUGGCUGGGCACCAUUACAACACACUGCAAUCUGGGGGAUGUCAAAUAGUCAAAAUCGAAAAAUGCAGGCGGAUGCUUACGAUCUGGCCAAAAAAUGGAUAAACAAUAAUUGGCUAGCUUGGAAUCAAAGCAGGAACAUGUACGAAAAGUACUCCACAUUGAUCCCAGGAAAAGGGGGUUCUGGUGGCGAAUACACAGUACAGGAAGGAUUCGGCUGGUCAAACGGUGUGGUGUUAGAUAUACUGAAUACUUACGGAGACAGGCUGAUGUUGGAUCAAUCUCCCUGUCAGACAUCCGGAACAAAUAGAGGACCGGAACAAAUUUACACUCUGAGUUUGAACCUGUUCCUAGGGGUGUACUCUUGGGUGAAUGAUUACGAUAGACCUUUCACCUUCAAGUGUCCUCAGCACCAGUCCAUCAACCGUGUCGUCAGUCACCAUGACAACGGAGCUGAAGAUCGAGUAUUCGACUUCCAGUGCAGCAAGUACACAGCUGCUUCUGAGAGUUGUUUCUGGUCAGAUUAUAUUAACGACUUUGACAAACCAGUAGCAUUCCAGUGCCCAAAUGGCGGUGUUUUAGACGGCGUCUCCAGUUUCCAUGACAACGGGCCUGAAGAUCGGCGCUUUCGCUUCUACUGCUGCGAAAAACCAGGAAUGUGUCUCUACAAUUGCUACUACAGCGGUUGGGUCAAUAGUUAUGACGGGGAUGUUGAUUACACGGUACCCGCCGGUCACGUGAUGAGAGGGUGGAUUAGUAUCCAUGACAACGGUGCAGAAGACAGGAUCUUUGACUUUGAAGUAUGUUUGAUGCAGACCUGCAUUGACGCAAAUCCGGGUGGUGAUGUUGUUGGAAAAAGAGCUGUAAAUAAUACCAGCAAUUCCCAAUAUUUACAUAAAUAAAUGUUGAGUUGUCUUGAUCCUUAACCUAUAGCACCAUAC